GCGGAGGGCGGGCAGGCGGAGGGCCGCCCUCCGCUCUUCUCCGCCGCCGGCCGGCGAGCAGCCCGCAGAGGGACGCGGGCUCGGCGGGUCCGGCUCCCGCAUAAAAAAUGGCAUUUCAGAAGGCAGUGAAAGGAACUGCUCUCAUUGGAGGAGGUGCCAUAGCAACAGUUUUUGGCCUCUCUCAAUUUUCUCAGUAUAGAAACAAACACGGUGCCUUGGUGCAGGUGCAGGCUGCAGAAGGUGCUCCAGUGAGGAAGGAGCAUCUCCCCAGCAGGGAGCAGCAGCUGCAGGCCCUGCAGAGCAGCGGGGAGUUCGAUGUGCUGGUCAUUGGUGGGGGAGCCACGGGCUGUGGCUGUGCCCUGGAUGCAGCCACCAGAGGACUAAAAACAGCCCUUCUGGAAAGAGAUGAUUUCUCAUCAGGGACCAGCAGCAGGAGCACUAAAUUGAUCCAUGGUGGGGUGAGGUACCUCCAGAAGGCCAUCAUGAAGCUGGAUUUGGAGCAGUACAGGAUGGUGAAGGAGGCUCUGGAGGAGCGAGCACACCUGCUGAAGAGUGCACCCCACCUCUCAGCCCCGCUGCCCAUCAUGCUGCCCAUCUACAAGUGGUGGCAGCUGCCCUACUACUGGGUUGGCAUCAAGCUGUACGACCUGGUGGCCGGCAGCCAGUGCCUGAGGAGCAGCUACGUGCUGACCAAGGCCCGGGCCCUGGAGCUGUUCCCCAUGCUGCGCAGGGACAGGCUGGUGGGAGCCAUUGUCUACUACGAUGGCCAGCACAACGACGCGCGCAUGAACCUGGCCAUCGCGCUGACCGCCGCACGCUACGGCGCCGCCACCGCCAACUACACCGAGGUGCGGCAGCUGCUGAAGGCAGCGGGGCCGGGCGGGAGACAGCGCGUCUGCGGCGUGCGCUGCCGGGACGUGCUCACCGGGAAGGAGUUCGAUGUCAGGGCCAAGUGCGUGAUCAACGCCACGGGCCCGUUCACCGACUCGGUGCGCAGGAUGGACGACGAGCAGGUGCCCGACAUCUGCCAGCCCAGCGCGGGCGUGCACAUCGUCAUGCCUGGCUACUACAGCCCUGACAACAUGGGGCUGCUGGACCCGGCCACCAGCGAUGGCAGAGUGAUCUUCUUCCUGCCCUGGGAGAAGAUGACGAUCGCAGGGACCACGGACAGCCCCACAGACGUCACCUCCCACCCCAUCCCCACCGAGGAGGACAUCAACUUCAUCCUGAGCGAAGUGCGCAACUACCUGGGGCCAGACGUGGAAGUGAGAAGAGGAGAUGUGCUGGCAGCCUGGAGUGGCAUCCGGCCCCUGGUCACCAACCCCGACUCCAAGGACACGCAGUCCAUCUCCCGGAACCACGUGGUGACCGUCAGCGACAGCGGCCUCGUCACCAUCGCAGGUGGGAAGUGGACCACGUACCGUGCCAUGGCCAGGGACACCAUCGACGCGGCCAUCAGGGAGCACGGCCUGCAGGCAGGCUCCUGCCAGACCAUGGGGCUGCAGCUGGAGGGGGCUGAGGACUGGAGCCCCACGCUCUACAUCAGGCUGGUCCAGGACUAUGGGCUGGAGAGUGAGGUGGCUCAGCACCUGGCUUCCACCUACGGGGACAAGGCUUUUGAGGUGGCCAAAAUAGCCCAGGUGACAGGGAAGAGGUGGCCUAUUGUUGGGAAACGUCUGGUGUCUGAAUUUCCUUACAUUGAAGCUGAGGUGGUGUACGGGGUGAAGGAGUACGCGCGCACCGCCGUGGACGUCAUCUCCCGCCGCACGCGCCUGGCCUUCCUCAACGUGCAGGCUGCCGAGGAGGCGCUGCCCAGGAUCGUGGACAUCAUGGCCAAGGAGCUCAACUGGUGCGACCAGAAGAAGAAGGAGCAGCUUGAAGCUGCUAGAACAUUUCUGUACUACGAGAUGGGCUACAAAGUGAAAACAGACCAAUUAACAGACAGCUCUGAGAUCAGCCUGCUGCCUGCAGACAUCGAGAGGUACAAGAAGCGCUUCCACAUGUUCGACAAGGACAAGAAGGGUUUCAUCACCAUCCUGGACGUGCAGCGUGUGCUGCAGAGCAUCAGCGUGCAGAUGGACGAGAACACCCUGCACGAGAUCCUCAACGAGGUGGAUCUCAACAAGAACGGGCAGGUGGAGCUCAACGAGUUCCUGCAGCUGAUGAGUGCCAUCCAGAAGGGCCGUGUGUCGGGCAGCAGGCUGGCCGUGCUGAUGAAGAGCGCCGAGGAGAACCUGCGGCGGCGCCAGGCCAUCCCCGUGGACCGCAGCGGGGGCGGGCUCUGAGGGGCUCCUCCUCCCCCCGGGGCUCCUCAGCCCCCUGGGCAGCUCUCCCAAAACACUCCGGUGCGUUCCUCAUUGUCUCCUUCAUUAGUGAUCUCCUUACUGCUCGGGGAUGUGGCCGUGGGGUGGGGGGGGAGUCCUGCAGUGCCAGAUGUGCUCCCAGAUGUGCAGCAGUGCAGGGUCCUGCAGUGCCAGCUGUGCUCCCAGAUG